AUAAUGGCAUUGCUGACAGUGAGUCUGACUCUCUCACGGUCGUACCUGGCUAUUACCUGAACUGCACCUAUGGGCUUCGUCUUCUCUUGACAUUUACACACGCAACAAAAAGCUUCAGACACGCGGGUGCGCGCAUCACGAGCAUUCUCCACCGACUAGAGAUCGCAUUGUGCUGAGUUGACCGUAUAGCUCCUCAGCUUAAAUGGGAGCACCAUAAACAUUUGGACGACUUGCGCCUGCUCUUCAGUAACUUUGAUGGGGACUUCGAUAUUAAGCAGGGAAAAUGCCUGUAAUGAAGGGAUUAUUAGCGCCACAGAACACGUUUCUGGACACAAUAGCCACACGGUUCGAUGGCACUCACAGCAACUUCAUCCUGGCCAAUGCGCAGAUGUCGAAGGGCUUUCCCAUUGUCUACUGCUCUGAUGGCUUCUGUGAGCUUACAGGCUUCUCCCGGGCCGAGGUCAUGCAGAAGAGCUGUGCAUGUAAAUUCCUGUACGGGCCAGAGACCAGUGAAAGCAUCAUUUUCAGCAUUGACGAAGCCCUGGAGGAGAGAAAGGAGUUUAAAGAUGAGAUCAUGUUCUACAAAAAGACAGCUGUGCUUUUCUGGUGCUUGCUAGACAUUGUGCCAAUUAAGAAUGAGAAGGGAGAUGUGGUACUCUUUCUGGCUUCAUUUAAGGACAUCACCGACACUAAAGCCAAAACCAUCCAAGACGACAAGAAGGAAGAUCGACGGCGUGGCAAGGUGAAAACAGGCUCUCCGUUGAGCUCAGCUCGUCUGCGGAGCAGUACAGUCCUUUACCACAUCUCUGGUCACCUACACAGCAGAGAGAAGAGCAAGAGCAAGAUUAAACUCAACAAGAAUGUGUUUGGGGAUCUGCCUGCUUUGCCAGAGUACAAGGUAGCAGAUGCCAAGAAGUCAAAAUUCAUCUUACUUCACUACAGCACAUUCAAAGCUGGCUGGGAUUGGCUGAUUCUACUUGCCACGUUCUAUGUUGCUGUAACGGUGCCCUACAACGUGUGCUUCAUUGGUGAUGACGACGACCUGACCCGCACCACAACUGUCAGUGAUAUUGCAGUUGAGAUACUGUUCAUCAUUGACAUUGUUUUUAAUUUUCGCACAACUUAUGUCAGCAAAUCGGGUCAGGUGAUCUUUGACGCUCGGCAGAUCUGCAUCCAUUACCUGACAACGUGGUUCAUCAUUGACCUGGUGGCCGCGUUGCCCUUUGACCUGCUCUAUGCCUUCAAAGUCAGCGUGGUGUCCGUGGUCCACCUGUUAAAAACAGUACGUCUGCUCCGUUUGCUGCGGCUGCUCCAGAAGAUGGACCGCUACUCUCAGCACAGCACGGUGGUCCUGACGCUGCUCAUGUCCAUGUUCGCCCUGCUGGCCCACUGGAUGGCCUGCAUCUGGUACAUUAUCGGCAAGAUGGAGAUGGAGGCCAAUGCCUACAACUGGGAUAUCGGAUGGCUGCAUGAGCUGGGGAAGCGCCUGGAGUCGCCGUACUAUGCAAUAGGAGGUGUGAACGGGACCGUCAGUGGCCCCGCCAUUCGCAGCGUCUACAUCGCCUCACUCUACUUCACCCUCAGCAGUCUGACCAGCGUGGGCUUUGGCAACGUGUCGGCCAACACUGACAUUGAGAAGAUAUUCUCUAUUUGCGUCAUGCUUAUAGGAGCACUGAUGCACGCAUUGGUCUUUGGUAAUGUGACAGCCAUUAUCCAGAGAAUGUACUCACGCUGGUCCCAGUACCACACCAGAACCAAAGACCUCAAGGACUUCAUACGUGUCCAUCACCUGCCGCAAAGCCUCAAGCAGCGAAUGUUGGAGUAUUUUCAGACGACCUGGUCGGUCAACAACGGCAUCGACUGUAAUGAGCUGCUGAAGGACUUCCCGGACGAGCUGAGAUCCGACAUCACCAUGCACCUUAACAAGGAAAUCCUGGAGCUGGCGCUGUUUGCCUCAGCCAGUCGCGGCUGUCUACGCUCCCUGUCACUGCACAUUAAGACCUCCUUCUGCGCUCCCGGAGAGUACCUCCUUCGACAGGGCGACGCACUCCAGGCCAUCUUCUUUGUCUGCUCCGGGUCCAUGGAGGUGCUGAAAGAUGGCAUGGUGCUGGCCAUUCUGGGUAAAGGCGACCUGAUUGGGGCGAACCUGUCCUUAGAUGACCGAGUGAUAAAAACCAAUGCAGACGUGAAAGCCCUGACCUACUGUGACCUGCAGUGUGUUAACCUGAAGGGGCUGUACGACGUGUUGGACCUCUACCCCGAAUACUCACACCGCUUCGUUCAGGACAUCCAACAAGAUCUCACAUACAACCUGAGGGAGGGACAUGAGACACACGUUAAGGUCCGACUCUCCACAACAGCUCCAGAUUCUCAGUCCGGGGUGAAAAAGAACGGACGAGUGGUUCAGGGCUAUCCGCCCAUCAUAGAGGCAAAGGUCGAACAGGAGGAAGAUGAAGAAGAUGAGGAGGAAGAGGAAAAAGACGAGGCCAUGUCUGUUUCUCUUCCACAGGAGCGGAACCAGACGGUGAACCUUGGGACUGGUGGGAAGUCUCCGCUGAGCCGCCCUAGCCAAAAGACCACAGGACAGAGCUCCAUGAGGUCUCAGAGGAAGAUCCACAAAAUUACUCUCACUACUUUAGACCCGUCCAACCUCAUCCCCAGGAUAGUGGACGGUACUGAAGACAGUGAGGGGACGGAGGGGUCCCUGGCUUUCCCCUUCUCUACCAGCCAAAGUUGUCCUGUCAAUAAACCAACCAGUGCCCCAGCAUCUGCCACAGAUAUGCUGCAGAACAGCACAGCAGAGUUAGCAGCUAAAGCAGAGGAGACCAGAGGACAACUGCAACACCUCAACCAGCAGGUGAGCAACCUCGGGAGGGAAGUGGCCGACCUUGGACAAGGCAUGAAGAGAAUGGCCCAACUCAUGGAGACCCUCAUGUCAGCACCACAACCUACGGUGGUCUGUUCCACGCACUGCUCCCCAGCACACAUCACAUACCUGCCCCAUCCUACCCCUCCUAUGUCGUACCCUUCACCAGCUUCCUCUCAGACUGCCUCCAUCUGGACGGACACGCCCAUUUCAUUGCCUUCUUCUCCCUUCACCAUACCUCAGCAACAUGGUGCCAUAUGCCAAACAGACUCCCUCACACAUAGAUCCCAGGACCUCCAGCUGCGCUAUCCUGCUAUCCCCAGCUCAUCUCCGCCUACAACUCACAAUACAUCUGCCCUUCAACGACAGCCCUCACCACUCAGCUCACCAGAGAUUUCCUACUACAAAGAAGGGGUUUUGGUCUCCAUCAGGUCAAGGGUACACAGUCCAACUCCGCGAGAUGGGGGAGAUGAGGGCCCUCAUCAGAGCUCUGGGUGUUCUCCCCAACCUAGACAUGGAGGCACCUACCACAACCCAACUAAGGGUUUGUAGCAGCCCUCCAUGGGAACUUUCCUGGACUCUGCAGGACUUAAUCCAGGAUAUUUUUUGUGGAUAUGUUCCUAAACUGAAGAUCAAACUGAUUAACUGGGGUUCCCCAUAUCAUUGGAGGAUGUUUGCAGUGAUGCAACUCAGAUUCCUUUUGUUUUAAAGGCACGUAUUUAAAAAUCUUGUUGCAUGAAAACAAGUACAGAAGGUUUAGGUGUGUUAGCUUUACCUUAUAGAAAUGUAGUGUUGUCAGAGAGGAUGGUUUGGAUCAGUUGUGCAGCUGGAUGAUGGCUCCAACCCCCCCCCCGCCGCCGCCCCCACCAAACCCUAAUGUGGGCUUGUGCCGUAAUGGAGGAAAAGGGAUAUGGAGAAGGAGAGCAUUACUUCAGUUCUCCCUUUGCUCCUGGCUAGUGAUGGUUUCAGGUCGGCUAGGCUGGUUGGAGGAAAAGAAAGCUUUGUAAGUGGUGAAGUUGGUCUUUGGAGACAAGGAGGGGAGGAGUGGGGGCUGUUAACUUCCUUCCCCCAACCUCCUAUCUUUGCCAUUUCCUUUCCUUGUAACCCUUCUUUUGUUGUGCACUAAACCCACGCACGGUGCUUUGGAUUGCGUGUACCAGUGCGUGUCUGGUUGGGGCUGGUUGGACUGGGAGCACAGAAUAGUGUGAGGAGAGCAAUGACACGUAUCGUGCUCUUUACCGCUGGCCCUCAGGGAAAGGGGAAUGGAGGGUGGAGGAAGUCGGUUAUGGAGGUGGGGGGAUAUUUUAUGCCUCGGGCAGCACAGCCCAUGCUGUAUCCUGUCACACUGAGAGCAGGGACUCUUUCUCCCUCUCUGCUUCUCGUUUCCAGUGUUUCUCUUCACACACCUACUCUCUCUUUCUCUCUCUCUCUUGCUCUUUCUAUCUCUCUCUCUCUCUCUCUCUGCAUGCCUUUCUAAGCCUUUGAGUAGUGCCUGUAGACACAUUAACAUGCUGCAUGUGACCCUGUGGAAAUCCAGCUUGCCAUUUAUCUAUGUAUUUAAAGGAAACACGGUUCAAUCGUUUAAUAGCUGAACCUGGCAUUUACUGAUGCAUAUUUAUUGGAUGUUGGCUCAGUUUAAACAACUGGGUCAUUUAGGCACAAAGUAGUCGCCCCUCGGGAAGUGGCCGGGAGCAAAUUGCCAAAACUAAAUUGGUUCAUGAUCCACGAUGGAGGACAUUCCCCUGAUCGUCACCCUUGGUUACCAUCUCUGCGAUCUAUUUUAUUAGCGGUUCAGAGCAAAGGCAAUAUUCCCACAUAAAAGCACAAUAAGGAAAUAAAGACGCUUUUAUAUUUCUAUGAAUGUAUCAAAUGUAUCAAUACUAAAGAUGUAUUUUUUUACCUCAAAGAAUGCAAGAGUGUGAGAUGGCAGUUACUGAUGCUACCGUAUAUGAAGUUGUGGCAGUUUGCUGGUACCAGCCGAUGCAAUCCUAAACCAGGAAAAAGGUCCAAACUCUCGUCCCGACAGAUCUACUGUUCUCUUUUGAAUUCAUGUAGGUUUUACUCUGCUUCUCUGCAAAUGGAAUGUACUGUAAUCAAAAAAAAUCUUUCCCUUAAC